AUGGAUGAAAGAGAUGAAAGAGAACUUAAUACAUGCUUGAAUUCAAUUAUUCAAAAAGUAGAUCAAGUUACGGAAAAACUGAAAGAUAAACAUAAACAGCCGUCUACUUCUGCUUCUCCUCCUACUUCUCAACCAGAAACAGGCGAAGAUCCAUUGUUCAAUAAUUCUGUGCAAAACAAUAAUGUAAACACGUUUACAAUUGACAAUGAUGAAAAAGACUUACUCGAUACAUUGACAAAUGACGUUCAAAAUAUACUACGAGGAAGUUUACCUCUGUUGUCAAAAUUUUGUUCAACCUAUAUUGAAGAAUAUUUACAUCAAUAUCAUUUUAAUAGAGAACAAGCAGCAUUCACCGAAGGAUUGACAGCUAAUAUUCUUUACACAUUUCAACGUGAACUUCGUGGUUUACUAAUGGCAGCAAAAGCUUAUCCAUCGGCCCUGCGCGGUGAAAGGGACACUGUAAGAGAAUUUCUUAACCAUUUUCCAAACUACAAAGAUAAAGCCGGUUAUUGGGGUACAACAUUACUUUAUUCAGCUGCACGUAACGGUCACUUGCUGUUAGUAAAAUAUUUAAUUGAAUCAGUUGGUUGUUCUGUAAAUGCUCAAAAUAUAGAGGAUAUCAAUUUUGCUCUAUCGAAAGAUAAUGCCUCAACAAUAAGUCGGGAUUAUAAAGCUGAUCCAAAAGCAGCAUCGACUGCAUUACAUGCCGCUUGUUACAAUAAUCAUCUGGAUGUUGUCAAAUAUUUGAUUGGCAAGGGUGCAAAUUAUUUUUUAUUAAAUCAAUUAGGUGAAACACCUAUACAAAAUGCUCAGCAUAAUAGAGACAUAAAAGGAUUUUUUCAAAAUUAUCUCAUACUUACCUAUACUACCAUUCCUAAUGUUCCAUUGCCAAAUACAACUAUUUUAGAUAGUCAAAAUCGAGCGGUCAACGAUUGUGUUUGGGAAUAUAAACCAGUACGUGCAGUUAUAUGGGAAGAAUUCACAAAAACUGAACAUGACACAUUGUCAGCAUCAUUGAUGCCGAUAACCGAUGAACAAAAACAAUUUAGUAACACAAUCUAUUUAAGCGUACGUCAAGGUACGUACAGUGUACAAUUACUAACAUUUUUACGUGGGGGUAAAAAUCAAGAUCCAAGUCCAACGAAUAGAGACAGUUUGGCUUGGAUUCGCUGUCGUGGAUCGAGUAUUGCCAAUUUUGAUAUUCACUGUACAUGGCAAAUGAUGCUCGUACAACACCAUAAGGUCAAUUCUCAAACAACAAAAACACCAUCGUUAGAGGCGUUAGCCAUACCUGUUAACUAUGAUAGUAAAUUUCAACUACAACUCCAUAAUUGGUACACAUGUAAUACAACUGUCAACGAUAUAUUAGAUCACACAAUGAAUUAUCGACGAAUAUAUGUCGAUAUUGAUUGUAAGUAUAUUGGAACUGUUACAGCCAAUUUACAUAAAUUUACAUUUGCCAAUGAUGAGAAAACAAUAUUGGGUUUUAUUCGAUGGAUACCAAAAUUCAUUUCAAAUACAUCCAGUAAUAAAAAUACAAUAAAAGAAUUAGAUGACUUUCAAUCAGUCAGUUCAGCAAAUCCGAUUCCAUUGACAACAAAACGCUUGGAACAAUCGAUUCGUUCAAAAGCAACAAACAGUAAUAAUGUAGGUGAUGAGAACGAUGAAUUCGAUUUAAAUAUGAUGACAGUUGAAGAUGAAGCUGAUGAUGAUGAUGAUGAUAGUAACACUGAUAAGCCAAGUCAAUCCGCUAAGUUAAUUAUCAAUAAUGGUACUUGGGUAAUAACUGAUAUUAUGAAUCCUGAUAUUCCAGAAGAAAAUGAACUUGGAAGCCCACUACUCACUGGUAUUACUACUAUGACUAUAAUUCCUGAUGAACCGGGCACCUUUAAUGAUUAUGUAAGUGAUCGAGCGAAUAAACCAGCAAAUAGUCAAGAGAAAAUUGAAAUAAAAGAUGCGCCUGUUGCCAGUAAUAACGUACAACAAGCUGCUGCAACUGUUGCAGCUAAGACAACUUUGGAAAUUGAAAAUGAACAGCUCAGAGUAAAAAUGACUACGUUAGAACAGCAAAUCAAUGAACAAUUGACAAACUUCGAUGAACUGUCAGCAGCAAAUCAACAAAAGUUAGGCGCAACAAUGACCGAAUUAGACAGAAUACAUCAAGUAUUAGAUAGAAAAGAGAAUCAAGAAAAAAUGAUCAAUGAAACAGCGAAAAAAAUAUCCAUCAUUGAAUAUACUCUACCCCAAUCAAGUCAGUUGGUACUAUUAAAAUUAAGUUUAAUAAUCAAGAUAUUAAAAACACUCGAUUAUCCACAUAAGCAAUAUUUUAUUGAUAGUGUACCCAUUGUGGAAAUUUCCGAUCGAAAUAAUUGUACGUUGAUUUUGAAAGGUUUCCUCGUACAUCAUCAACAAUUGAAAGCCAUACUUGACCGAUUACAAGCGCUAUUUACUGUCGUACAAUCAGCUCAAGAUUAUUAUCAACGAGAAUUAAAUAAAAGUGUUCGACAGAUAUUACGAAUUAUUGGACGAGUCCAUUCAACCAGAUUGACAAAUUGGAAACAUUAUUCAACUUCUCUUAUUAAACUAAUUCAUCAGAAAUUGGAUGAAUAUACUCACAAUUUCAAUCAAUAUAUCAAUGACCAAUCAAAAUUAUUAAUUGACGGCUACAUUGAAAGUCGUUUACAACCACCGCUGAAGGAAAUGGAAAAAUUGACAAACGAUUACAUGAAAAAAAAACAACUUCUUACUGAUAUUGAAACAUUGAAACAUCAGGCAUUAGACGAAUUUGUUCGUGAUCAUAUUCUAGUGCAACAAAACUCAUCGAAAAGUGUGCCAAAAAAAGAAUCCAUUUUAACAUUGAAUAAACAUAUUGACAAGAUAAAAACAUUGUUAAAAACUAAUUCCAGUUAUAAUGGAUGUGAAUUAAAACAUUUUCAAAUGAUUGUCCCAUUAUUACAGCGUAUAAUGAUCUUUUAUCAUUGUUUCCUAUUACAAUUACCACUAUUCGAUGCAUCAGUUGAUCUGAUGGAUAAAAUAGAUAAGAAUACAGUGUUAACUAUCACAACAGCAACGGGAUCAGGUAAAUCGACUCUUCUGCCAGCCUUGUUGGUUGCUGAAGGAUAUGAUAAAAUAAUUGUUACACAACCUCGACGUUUACCAUGUAAUUUGAUAUCCCAACGUGUUAAUACCAUGAUCGACAGCGAUAUUAGUGGAUGGGCAGUAAGUGGUGCCGAAAAAAAUGUUCAAGCCAAAAUUUUAUAUUUGACAGAUGGUCUUUUGAAAGAGCGUUUAUUAAAUGAUGAAAAUCUGAUAACAAAAAAUACACAAUUAAGCAAAUACGUCAUCUUUUUUAUGGAUGAAGUUCAUGAACGAUCAGUAAAUAUUGAUUUAUGCUUAGGCCUAUUUGCUCGUCUAUUGACAAUUAAACCGGAAUUAAAAACCAAAAUGAAAUUAAUUAUCUCCUCCGCUACACUAGACGCAUCCGUUCCAAAAUUGUACCGACAAAUACCCAACUGUGCAUUGAGUGAAUUUAAUCUAAUAUCAUUAUCGACACUUCAUCCAGUAACUGUGAAUUCUGCAGAACAAGAAAACAUAUUAGAUUUAGUACAACAAUUGUACAAAAAACGUAUGAGACACGAUCAAAUCUUGUGUUUUGUCAGUUCAACACAAGAAGUCAAGGAAUGCUGUGAGCGGAUCAAGUAUUUGACAAAUGGUUCCAUCGAUGCCUAUCCAUUAAUUCAAGCACAGUCGGCGAUUGAGCAAGAAAAAAAUAUUGAGCAAGGUGCAGUUUUCUUUUCAACAACAGUAGCCGAAACAUCAUUGACAUUUCCAUGUUUGAAAUACGUUAUUGAUACCGGUCUCAUUAAUAUGCCAGUGUACAGUUUAGAGCUUGAACGAACAGAUUUAAAAGAGACUAAAGCAGCUGAAUCCAAUACGAAACAACGACUAGGACGUUUGGGCAGAACACAACCAGGUGAAUAUUAUGCAUUGUACGCUUAUAAACCAGGUGAACAGCGACCAUAUCCCAUACCGCAGAUAUGUCAGACAGAUCUAGUAAAUAUUGAAUUUUCAUUGCGAAAGUCACCAUUAAAAACUAGUCUUAAAGAUUUCAAAAAAUAUUUACCGGAUCAACCAGAUCAACUGUACAUUAAUGAUGCCAUUAAACAAUUACAACGAUUAGGUAUAUUGAGCACUUCUCCAGGUGAACAUUUUACUAGCCACGGUGCUCAGAUAGGAAAAUUACCAGAUUUUGGGUCAUUGCCAAUGUCAAAAGCUGUCUUGUCUGCUUUGACCACUAAUCGAUGUGGUCGCGAUUUGAUUGUUCUAUCAUCCAUUCUGUCUGUAUUGAACUCAUCAACCAUAUUAAAAUCGAUUCCCGAAGAAUAUAAACCUCCCGAAGGUGAUUUUAUGACAUUGCUAAAUGUGAUGAAUAUGGUACUGUUGGUACGGGAAUCCGUAUCCUCUCGAGAAUUUAGUGUUGAUCGUGUUUGUACUGCAAAACGUUUGUCACGCAUUACACACGUAAUUAAACAAGCAUUACGACGUUAUACAAAUUUAGAAAAAGCAUUCAGUCUAUCUAAUGAUUUUCGAGAGCUCGCACAAGUUCGGUCGGGCAAAUGGGAAUUAAUAGCCAAAGCCCUGUUAGCUGGAUAUUCGGACAAGGUAUAUGUAUCACUAAAAAUUCUGCAAGGUAAAACACAACAAUUUCUAAAGUAUAACGUUGCAACGCCAAAAUCUCCAUCGAAUGAAACAGUAGCCGUCAUAGACACAUCAUCUAAACUACGAACGAAAAAUAAAGGACCGCCACCCGCCUCUCUUGUACUAGCACGUGAUGUUCUCUACUUAACUGCAGUACGUUCAACAGCCAUCAUAUCAUUUGUCGGACAAAUUGAAUCAUCGUGGAUUGAAUAUAGAUUUAUUCGUGAAUUACCAUUAAAUGAAAAUGAAGAAAAAAAAUUCAAUGACGACAAUAUUUUAUCGAGUGCUAUUAGACAAUUUUCUCAAAUUCAUAUACAUGUUAGUAAUAAAACAUUGAUACUUCGUGGUCCAUCCGGUGAAGUACUGAAUGCUGAAUUGCACAUUCGUCAACAGUUGGUAACAGAAUUUAAAUUUACUUUGUCUCCAAUUAUCAAUGGGCACGAAAACCAAAAUCUGAAAAGAAAUUUAACAUUGGUUACAAAAAUGCCGAUUGAUCUGUUCGGACCCUUACGCUGGCGAUGGGAAGCACAACAUCAAGUAAAAAUACGGACGAAAAAUAAUCACACCAAUGGAACAGUUAGCGUCACAGUGGAAGGUCUUGAUUCACAAAAUCAACUAGUAUAUAAAGAAUUUAUAUCAUUUUCAAAAUGGUUAAGCAAUUGUGUUGUGAUAAGAAAUCCAGAUUCAGGUAUGCUUCCCUUAAAAAAUGAGGAAAACUAUGAAACCAUAAUUCUUAUCCGUAUGUUCCACACAAACGAUGGUGUAGCAACCAAUGGUCACAGAGGCAUCUAUCCCCACCUGUAUAUUUGACGCAUUUCGUACCACCUCGCAGAUUCUCGCACGUCAGUGUAGCAUCUGAAAAAUUAAUUUCUACAGCAAAAAAGCGUACCACCUUACUUUCAAACACAGAGGCAGAUCGUUUGCUCUUAGAGAGAACACGAACUUUUUCUCGGUUUAGUUCUCAGCUUGCUGAUCUUUCCCAUCCCGGCCACGGUCGUGUGCACGAAUAAAAAUCUUCGUGGAGCGCCCAUAAAAGUCCCAUAUCCUUCAACACGCAAAGAAGCAGAAUAUUUAACUGUCUAAAGUAGACAUGAGUCGAACCACUGUCACCAAAAGGUCCGAGCUAGGAUCGAUUUUUUAAAAACUGGCUACGUGAAAUAUUUUCUUGCGAUGGAAAAAAGAUAUUUGUACUUUUCUAUACUUCAAAUAAGCGUUUAUUCUUUUUAUUUUUAAAAAGGCGUCUCGAAUUCAUGUUAGGUUUGCUGAUAAAGAUCCUCGUUUACAAAUGUCACAGCAGUUUAAAAAGGCGUCAUUUGUGAAAACAUUUACGGGUUCAAGUGAUACAGUAUUGGGGCUUAAAGGUUUUUUUACUAGACCCGUAUAAGUGCGAAAAAUUUUGAUCAAGCACAUGGAUAGUUAAGGCGCUGUCGUGCUAGUAAAAAUUCGUUUCUUAAACGCUUACGUUGUUUUUAAGCGUAGUCCCGCCCCUCAUUCCGCCUCUCUUGGAAAUCCAGAAACUCGAUGUCUGAUUCGAGAUUUUAUAUCGGAGACAGAAAAUCCAUGUAUUUUUGCCCAGAAUGUUCUGACAUGUUCUCCUGUGGUUUUUUGGGAAACGCUAUUUUUCAUUCAGUGACAUUACGCCCCUCGAAAGAAUGAUCUGAUCGGUCUAAAAGCUUUUAUCAGAGAGACUCUAGACCCUGUCUCAGUUCAACAUUUUCUUUUUGAAAAAUACUAAAAAUUCCAUAUAAAAAAUAGCGUUUUUUAUUUUAAAAGCCGUCUCACACCAAAAGUUGAAAUCGAAAGCGCUCAAAAGAUCUUUGAACCUGAGAUAAAGUCUAAAUAUCUAUGGUGAAAGUCUCAGCUCGAUCAAAUGAUUCUUUGAAGAAGUCGUCAUAUGACUUGACUGAGCGGACUAGUGGAAAGUCACGUAGUGAGAAAAAUACGUUUUGUAGAUCACUUGUUUCAGGGUAUUUGUAAACUAUACUCCCACCCACGCCCAACCUCAAACUAAAGUUUUAUUACAUAGUUGCCAUAGAGGGUGCCGAGUUGUCUUCGCAUCCGCCCAUCUUUUUUUCUAUCUUGGCUUAGCUGGAGUACAGGAGGAGAUAUUCGUAAAUCAUACAUCCACCCACACCCAGCCAAAAUUCAUUCACACACACUCACCGCUAGUCACAUGGGUGGAUAGAGGGUGAUGAGUUGUCCUCACAUCUUCCCAUAUCUCAUCCAGAAAUUGCUUCUAAUGAAACAAAAGGUUUUUUUCUUUUGAUAUUAUAAUUGCAUAUUAUUCUAUAUUGUCUGGUUGUCUUUAAGUGAGUGAUAUCGUUCAUCUAUACACAUACAGAGCUUUCAAGUCAGUUGGUGAUGAAUCACUGCCAAUGUCUUUACCUAUCCACCACUAAUGAACUAUGAAUAUGAACUUAUGAACACUUUAAUACUAUUGUCUGUUCAAAAAUUCAGUAGGUCCGGAUAUUUUUGAAUAACUCAAGAACAAUUAAAGACAGAGACUUGCAAUUUUCAGCAAACGAAUUUCGUCUGUAUUUUCAUGAGCAAAACCGUUUCUUGAAAACAUUCGGAAAAUCGGUUUUCUAGGGAAUCUUUGAAAAACCACCUCGGAUCUCCAGAAACUGAGACAGCAACCUAUCAUCUUCUUUUUAUAAAUACAUACUACAAAGUGUCCUCUCAAAAUCCGAACUAAGUGAACUCUUCAUUUUUGGUUUAUGUGUGGCAUCGGAUUUCCUGAGAGUCCCAGGAGAGUCCCAGGAUGAUUAGUUCUUUAGUUGUGGCAAUUCCGAAAACGAAUGGAAACAUAGGUAAUCGACC